AAUCCCUUUCAUUGGUACACUGUUCUGCCUCUUCCAAUCCACUCCCAUCGCAAACCCACUUUUUUUUCUUUGUUGCAGAUUCUUCCAAGUUCAUCAAUACCCACUAAAAUCUUCGAUCGAUUUUCAAACAUAUUCCAUCGAGCAUUAGCUAAUUUCAGUUUCUUUUGAUUCCACGUUUGUCUAUGAGACAAACAAUGAGAUUUCGAGGAGAUAUAUACAACGAUAUGAGAACAGACAAAUACAGAGUCUCGAUAGGUUCUAGAGAGAAAAAAACAGACAAAGAUCACAUGAUUCUAAGUUAAGUUGGAUUUUUAGGGUUUGAGUAGAUGAUGGUGUGAGCACAAUUGACCUUCAAUUCUUAGUUUCAUAGUUCACGAUUGGUUUUCGGUUUGACUGAGCAAAGUUGUAUACGAAUUAUAGAAUUUUUUCUCGAAGAAAAAUGAUGUCUCCUGGGAUUAAUUUGGUGAUGACUGUAAUCGGAUUUACUGUAAGUACUAUGUUCAUCGUCUUCGUGUGUACAAGACUCAUCUGUGCUCGUAUUCAUUACAUAUCUUCAAGACGAUCCUUUCGCAUGUCUUCUAGAUCUGAUCUCAACGUUUUGGAGCGUGGCAUACGUGGUGCUGAACCUCUUGUUGCAGCAAGCUUCCCUACAAAGAAGUACAGUGAUCCCUUCUUUUCGUGUGCAAAAGAUGCUCAAUGCAUAGUUUGUCUUUCGGAAUACCAUGCGGAUGACACGUUGCGUAUUCUUCCUUUCUGUGGACACUUUUUCCAUUCAUCAUGCAUCGACAUAUGGCUUCAGCAACACUGCACGUGUCCCGUCUGUCGAGUCUCGUUACGUGAGACUUUCGACAGACGAUACACGCUGCAACCCGUGUCCAGCUCAGCGAUCCGAUUUCCAUCAAGAGCUGAUGACAACCGUCGGAUCGAUCCCACCACUGUUGGUCAACUCCGGUCAAAUAACAACGAACAAGAAGCCGAACCGAACAACUCAAACAUGAAUGAGACCUCAGGGAGCAAACAAUCUGGAAGCCGAUCAGAGGUUUAAGAGCUCUUAUUGUUGUUUUGGAAUGAGUGAAUGAUGGUAAUUAGGAAUUUGUUUGUUGUGGUGUAUUAGUAUUUGUAAAUAUUGAAAAAUCAGAAUGGCUUGAUUAGUAAGUAGCUUGUUUUUGCGGUAGUUGUUUACAUAUACAUAUAUAGAAGAAAGUUGACUCUUCCCUUUUA